CGCAGGAGGAAGUAGCGUUAGCUCCGCGCGCGGCUAACACCAGCAGCAGACGACCUCUAACCUGAGACCUCACCGACUAUCCUGAUCGAUUGAUCGGUCGAUACAGGUGGGAGUCGGUCCGCAGUGACGCAGUGCCUGAUGUUUAUUGACACACUUCUGAAUGCUGUCCCUCUCUGUUCCCUUUCAGGGAUGCCACAGAAAGACCCGUGUCAAAAGCAAGCCUGCGCAAUACAACAGUGUCUACAAGCCAACAGAUACGUGGAGAGCAUGUGUGCGCACGUGAUCAGGGACAUGCGGCGGUGCUGCGACUCUCAUGCGGGAACCUCCAUCUGCUGCUCCGGGUUCAAGGACUCCAAACCCACGGAGAGCAAAAGUAACAAAUAGCUCCCUUUAGCCCGUAGCUGUUGAUGGGAACAAUGGAGGAAAGGGACAUUGUAUCAAUGUGUUAUUGACUGUAACAGUGUAACAGGCCUUACUUCGUUGUGUAGCAGACAUCUUCACAUGUCAUUGCAGAAAGGCAUAUUGGUUCUAUGGAUCCUGCAGUUGGCACACAAACAGCCCAUAGUAUAUGAAGUAUAUGUUAUCAACUACACCUGUAUUUGACAGUUUGACAAAAUGUCACACUUCCGUGGCAUUACAGCGUAAGAUGAAUCAUGUAUUUAUUAAAGGGAAUCGUUUUCUGUGUCUUUUCAUGUCAUUGUGUCCACACCAUGUGAUGAAGUAUGAGCCACAUGUUCGUGCAUGUCAGCACUGAGAUACUGAGACAUAUUGCAGAUGUGACUGUUAGAGUUCACUCAUGGUGAACCCACACACGAGAUUUAGAUUAUUUGGCUGGUUAGACCCAAAGACUUUAGAUAAAGAUUUGCUCAACACAAGAAUAUAAUUUAGCAAUACAUUGAGUUUGGCUUUAAAAAAAAAAAGCAAUUUCAGCUUUGUACACAUCAAACUUAGCUUACCUGGACAGGGAAUGUAACACCUCAUCGUGUGCAUGAAACGUUGUUUCUCUAGGUUUGAUCAGCAUUGAGCUCUGUGUCUACUGAAUUAGUUUCCAUUAGAUAGACUGUAGGGUACAUCUCUCUUCUACAGUGACGUUCUCUCUGUGUGAUGGCUGUAUGUCAGGCCACAUACGCCUCAUGUAUUAGAAAGAAGCCCUUGAUUGCUUGACUUGCCUAUGUACCGUUUCAUUAUUUAUUGGUCAAUGUGCUGUCCUUAAAGAGUUAUUUUCAACAGCCACAUUUCCAAAAAAAAUUAAAAUCCAUAAACUUGAGGAAAGAGGCCAAAUUGACUUUCUUUCAAAUGUUUAAUAAACUAUAAAUAUAUAUUAC